UCAUUCUCCAGUGGACGCCAGAAUCCGCGCAGCGACUGUCCGCACGCGCUCCGGUCCCCCGUGAUGUUGUGGUGUUUGAUCCUCCCGGCGCUCACCGCCGCUGCGGUCUCGCGCGCGCCGCGCUCCUGCGGGCCCUGUGAUCUGAGCUCGUGCGCCGCGCUGCGGCCUGCGGGCUGCCCGUUCCGGGUGAUGGACGCGUGCGGCUGCUGCCAGCUGUGCGCCGCGGGGCCCGGGGAGCCGUGCGGGGGCCGCGGGGCCGUGGUGAAACGGUGCGGCUCCGGGCUCGAGUGCGUUAAAGCGCAGCAGGAGGACAAGAAGAAGCUGAAGAAGAAGAGCGAGCUGGGCGUGUGCGUGUGCAAAAACGGGGACUACGAGGUGUGCGGCUCGGACGGGGCGGAGUACCGGAGCGUGUGCGAGCUGAGAGCCGCCAGCGCGGCCGCCGAGAGUCAGGGCAGAACCGGGAUUAAAGUGCACAACAAGGGCAAGUGCGCCAAAGCUCCUGUGAUCGUUACGGGUCCAGGUCAGGUCUGGAACGUCACUGGUGCUCAGGUUUAUCUCAGCUGCGAGGCCAUUGGCGUCCCGACACCGGUGCUCAGCUGGAGGAAGAUUUCAGACAAUAACAAGAAGUCUCAGCUGCUCCCUGGAGACCAAGAGAACCUCGCCAUCCAGAUGAGAGGAGGCCCCGAGAAGCACGAGGUCACCGGAUGGGUGCUGAUCUUCCCCUUGACCAAGGAUGCAGCGGGGACGUACGAGUGUUACGUGAGCAACCCCAAGGGUGAGGCCUCUGCUACGGGCACCAUCCAUGUGGUCAAGUCAAUCGAGGACAUUCCCACCAAAAAGGUGAUCCAAGAUGAUGAGCUGUAACAAGGAUGAAUGUUCAGCCCUGACGCCACCUCCUGCAAGAUCAGGACUGGGAUCGGAUGCAGAACAUCUCCACACUCCUGUAUAACACACACACACUCUUUUGUUCUAUCCAAAUCUGUUUCUCAGCCACUUAUGAUACUCGAAUCAAGACACUGAAAUCAAGAUAGAUAAAGCUUCAGGCUUGUGUUUUCUCGUUCUUUGUCAGCAGAUAAAAUCUGUUUGUAUUUCUGCUGCCUGUGAACAUUAUGUACUCGCAACAUGUCGCAGUUUUGGAGACCAGGAGCUCCAGAGAUUAUAAUCCUGAGGAAGAAUGAUAUCUGAGGUGUAACACUAACGUCGACCAAGUUUUUUAUGGUGCUGAAAGUAUGGGAAGCUGCAAGUGAAAAAAAGCCGGAGCAUGAAAGUGUUUUCGGGGGAGGGGAGGGGGUUCCUCAAGCUCAUUUUCUUUCCAUUAAACCUUCUCUGAAAUCUAUGUCUACUAAUGCACUUGUUGAAAUGUCACGUUCACUUUCGAAUAAAGAGUUUACAAUGUAA